AUGGCCGUUAUUCGAAUUGUCACAACAUUUUCCUCCAGGCUAACGUUCCUGUUGUUGAUUGGCUCUGUUGGGUUAGUCAACGCAGAGCGUUUCGUGUGUUAUUUCUCAAGCUUCGCCACACAGCGCUCGGGCGAAUAUAAAUUUGAAACAGCCGAUAUUCCUGUUUCUCUCUGCACACACGUGGUCUACGAUCAUUUUGAAAUUAAUUUCUUUAGCAAAAAUUUCCGGCCAAGCAAACUGCCUUGGCAAAAGUUCUCCGAGCUGAAGCGCAUCAAACCGGACCUGAAGCUUCUGCUGAGCGUUCUAGAGGUGGCUGACGAUUCAACGUCGCGUAAAACGCUUAUAGGGAACAUUAUUCAGUACGUGGAGUGGAUGAAGGUCGAUGGCGUUGAAUUGUUUUGGAGCGGAGGAAACGGACAAAUGUAUUUUACGAUGGUGCAAGAGCUUCAAAGCAGUUUUGUUGCUGCCGGACAUCCAACGUGGGAAGUUGACGUUUUGGUACCGAUCGAUAAAGCAGUCGUCGAUCAUGCGCGAUUGUGUAGACUUGUCGAUUUUGUGCAUGUUUUGGGCAUUGGCGAACGAAAGCCAAGAUAUCACGACAAUAGCUCAACGCCAACAGCGAAAACAACGCUUGACGUAGGCAAACACAAAAAUGUUACACUGGAACGAGCCUUAGAGCAUUUGAUCGAUGCUAACUGUCCCGCGAACAAGAUCGUUCUAGUCGUCAUCUUGUUUGCACAAACGUACACGCUUGGGAAUGUGAACACUCGGGACCGUCCAAAAGAGCUUACCACAUUUUGUAACCUUACCCGAGGAAGUCCUUACUGUGCGUAUGUGGAGAUAUGUCAGAAGUUUAACGAAAGCGAAUGGACACUGGGCUCGGACGAUACGGAAAGAUUCGCACCGCAUGCAAUCCAGGGCAACACGUGGGUGGCCUACGAAAAUGAAGCAUCGAUCGGGCAGAAAGGUGAGAUCGCGAGAAGGAAAAAUUUAGCGGGUGUGUACGUGUUCUCGCUAGAUCUGGACGACUAUCGCGGCAAGUGUGGAAAGUUGUAUCCUCUAACAACCGCGUUGAGCAGUUCAUUUAGAGGUACAACAAUCGAUUAG